AUGUCUCGGGAUUCCAAUGUUCUUGCUAUAUGGGGUAAUAAAGAUUCAAUGAAUUUAAACUCACUUGUGCUUAACAACAUCAUGGCAUCACAAUAUUUCAAAAAUAGUUUGUAUGAAAAGAAGACUUAUCAUGAAGUUGUCGAUGAAAUCUAUUAUCAAGUAAGACAUUUAGAACCAUGGGAAAAAGGCAGCCGUAAAACAUCAGGAUUAACUGGCAUGUGUGGUGGAGUUCGCGGUGUUGGCGGUGGUGGAAUUGUUUCAACGGCGUUUUGUCUGUUAUAUAAGCUGUAUACGUUAAAGCUGACACGUAAACAAGUUAUCAGUUUAACAACUCAUACUGAUUCAACGUACAUACGUGCCCUUGGCUUUAUGUAUAUUCGAUAUACGCAACCACCAAAUGAGUUAUUUGAAUGGUUUGAAGAAUAUCUUGAUGACACGGAGAGUUUAGAUGUUAAAGCUGGUGGUGGUUGCAUCAUGUCUAUAGGUCAAAUACUUCGUCAAUGGCUAACACGCAUUGAAUGGUACGAUACAUUGUUUCCUCGAAUACCAGCGAUAACUACGGUGCACAUUCAAGGUAUGUCAGGUGAAAAUAUGGGUAUGAUGGAUACGAAGAAGAAGAACAACAACAGCAUCGAGGCAGCUCAUCAAAUGCUAUCGAUAUGCCUGAAACAUUCGGUAACUAAACAUCACGCAUCAUCAUCAUCAGAUCCUUAUCGGGAUAAAAAAUAUCGAUCGUCUCGUGACGAUCGUUCCCGCACACGUUCACGUUCACGGUCAACCGAUCGUCGUCGACAUCACCAUCGUCAUCGGCGUGAUGAUAGUUCUGAGCGUCACAAAUCACAUAAAAACCAACGACGUAGUUCAUCACGUGAAGAUCGACGACGUCAGCAUUAUCGUUCACACACACGAUCUCGGUCACCUGACUAUCGUGAACGUUAUGAUAAACGAGAUCGUUCAUGA